CCUUGCUUGUUGAGCAAACCAGAAUAAACCUCUACCGUCGGUCCUUCGAAGGAAAAAGAAAAAGAAUCAGAGGGCAACAAGGAAAAGGAAAAUGGCGUUGCAAUGGAUGAUACUGACGUACGUGGUGGCAGCCGAGGCAGCUAUAGCGGCACUCUUAACAUUACCCUCGCCUAAGCUACUAAAGGACCGAUUAGUUUCCCUCAUCUCACUCCUACUCCAGCCGGCUCUCUUUAUUGUUCCUUUUGCCGGAUUUCAGCUCCUGGAUAUAUAUUGGAAGAAUGAACAUCGAUUGAUGUGUGCCGGUGAGAGCUGCACUGCUUCUGAAAGAGAUCGUUAUGAGAAAUCUAUUUACAAAGCUCAAAGGAAUGUGAUUCUCUGUGUUUCAGCAUGCCUUCUCUACUGGUGUGUUUAUCGUAUAUGCAAAUACUACAAGGAGAUUCAGAGUUUGGAGGAAGUGGAGAAGAGGUACAAGAACCAGUAGCCUUUCCUCAGCUAUCCGUCCCCAUUUCACGUCUAUAAAUAUGAAUAUCAUGCAUUUGCAAGUUCCAUCUCUUAUGCAUGUGGCAUGUAUUUCUCCUAGCAUUAGGCUACGGCAUUUUCUCUUGGGAGAGGACAGUACGAACACUACUGGUUGGAAAAGUGUACUUUCUAUUUUUGAUAUUGUUUCUGUUCUAAUUUACCAGACGUUUUCCUUUAUGGUUUUC